AUGGAACUGCUGGGUUUAAUCGCCGGAGCGGUGAGCAAGGCCAGAGAGGAUUUCAACCGAGAACGAGAGGCCAUGCACAACGGAGCGCGAUUACGUGCCGCAGCUGCAUCGGUUGAUGAUGGCAGCAAUCUCACCGAGGAUGAACAGAUGCAGAUGGCACUGGCGAUGAGCGAGAACGAGUUGCUCGAGCACGAACGGCAGGAGAGGGAGCUCGACGAGGAAGCCACAUCCUUCGAAGAGCUGAUCGAUGAAGGUGAGCAACUUCCUCGAAAUCGAGCCAUGUUCCAAUUCGACAAAAUUCUCGAUACAUCAGAUCUGCGGCCAGAUGAGCUGGAGGACGUAGGCGAGAUGGACACCCAGAACGACGAGCUCCUGGCACGGCAGCUGCAGGAAGAAGAAGAUGAAGUCGAUGAAGAUGCCUCCAACAACGACCACCCUGCAGCUUCGGCACCACCGCUGCUGCUGCCGCCCUCUGCUCCUCUCUCCAUCCUCCCUCCGCCCAUCGUCGGGCUCAACCCGUUCAACCCGCUCGGCGCUGGCCAGCAGCACCACCACCCGAGCUGGUGGAGCCCGCCGCCCGCGGGACCCCUGCCCAUCGUCACAUCGUCACCUCCCCUCCCGUGGCUACGCGACCCCGUCCCGCCCUCGCCCGGGCCUCGGCCCUUCUUCGGCGGCCUCACCGACAGCCAGCUCGCCAGAGAGAUCCAGGCUGUGGAGGAUGAUGCGAUUCUCGCGGCCAACGAGCAGCCGGCGCACUACCGGCCCCCGGCCGUACCAGAGGCGGACAGCAGCGACGGCGGCGGCAGCGCCAACGGCAUGGACGACGGACUGCUGAGGGCCAUGGAGGAGAGCCGACGCGACGCCGAGGAGCAGGAGCGGCGCGCGCUGCGGGAGCAGCAGGAGCAGGAGUACCAGGAGACGCUCCUCAUGGACCAGAUCAGGGAGAGCGAGCGCGAGGAGGAGGAGAAGCGGCGGCGGCGGCAGGAGGAGGAGCAGCAGCGACGACGCGAGGAGGAGGCCGAGCUGCGAGAGGAGGCGGUGGCCGAGACCGCGGCCCUGCGGUUCUCGCUCGAGCUCAAGCGCGACAGCGAGAUCGCGCAGCUCAGGGAGCUCGUGCCGGCGGAGGUGGCGGCGCCCACCAACUCGAGCUCGGUCGAGGCCGGCGGCCGCAAGGUGUGCGCGCUGGUCAUCCGGCUCGCCAACGGGUCGCGACUCGAGCGUCGGUUCUGGGGCGACAACACGCUGCGCGACGUCAAGCACUUUGUCGACCUGCGGCUGCUCGAGGCGGCCAAGCAGGAAGACGAAGCUGCCGAUCGAGUGCAGCGCAUGAAGAAGAAGGAGAAGGAGAAGGUCAUCGGUGGACCGGACAGCAAGGGCGAGGAGUCGCAGAGCGAAGAGGUCGAACAGGGAGACGGCGAAGAACGAGAGGAGCAGCUACGGCCGGAGCGCUACCUGCCUCCCAACUACUCGCUCGCCACCACCUACCCGCAGAAGAAGUUCACCAACUGGGACGCAACGCUGGAGGAGGCGGGCUUGUGCCCUCGAGCGGUGGUGUGUGUGCUGGACUCGUAG